AUGGUGACGUCCGUGCCAAAGCUCCGCGUGUCGGCCGCCGCUGCGUCUCUCGAGCGGGGCUGCGAGCAUGCCCUAAAGUCUUGCGACGGCACCGCCUUUUGCGGGUGGUCGCUCUGCUACGCCGGCUGGCUUCCUCCCUGGCAAAGCCGCUUCUUCACAAUUACGCAUGGCGGAGCGCUGGCAGUGUGGGAGCUGGAGCCCGGGAAGCAGCCUCGCGGCAGCACCCCUAGGGAAGAUCCCUUCGCCACGCUCCGCUGCACCACUCGCGUCGACCUCCGCAAGCUGUCUGCGCUGAGGCGUGAGACGCCCGACUGUGCCGAUAACUUCGUCUUUCGGCUGGUCACGUCGACGCACACGCUGCGCAUCGACCCAGGCAAUCGGGAGGCGUUUGAGAAGUGGGAGCUUGCUGCCCUGCGAGCCACCUGGAUCAGCAACAGCACCGGGCGCGGACGCAGGUCCUUUGAGGAGCUGAAUGAGCUGGUCAAGAAGGUGCCGGGAGCCUUCACACCGCGCACGUGCGAGCGGGUGGAGGAGGAGUCGCGGCGCAUCACUGCCGUCGAGGCCGCGGCGGAGGCGGAGAUUGCGCUAGCCGCGCGCUGGCUGGCGUUCUUUGUUCGUAAGCUACAACGGGCGGCGAGGGCGAGAAGGCAGAGGCGGCGGUUUGCGGCGCGGCAGUCGAUUGCGAUGCUCCUCUACUUCACGUCCCAGCGCAGCGCCGCGGUGGUGCAGCGGACGGUGAGGAGGAUGCUCGCACGGCGGUUGCUCGCACGGCAGUCGCGCGGCGCUCAGGUAGUGCAACGGGCGGCGAGGAGGCGUCUGGCAAGGCGGCAAGAUGCGGCGAGGCGGCUGCAGAACGCCCUACGAGCGCAGCUUGCCCGGAGGCUGCUCAGGGCAAUCAAGGAGAGCGCCCGUCUCAAGAGCCUCUGCCGAGUCCGACGCUGA